AUGGCCACCACCGUGACCUGCACCCGCUUCACCGACGAGUAUCAGCUUUACGAGGAAAUUGGCAAGGGGGCUUUUUCGGUGGUGCGACGCUGUGUCAAACUUUGUACUGGACAUGAAUACGCCGCCAAGAUUAUCAACACCAAGAAGCUCUCAGCAAGAGAUCACCAGAAGUUGGAGCGAGAAGCUCGCAUCUGCCGUCUCCUGAAGCAUUCCAACAUUGUUCGUCUCCAUGACAGCAUAUCCGAGGAAGGUUUUCACUACCUCGUCUUUGAUCUGGUCACGGGUGGUGAGCUCUUCGAAGACAUUGUUGCCAGAGAAUACUACAGUGAAGCUGAUGCAAGUCAUUGCAUCCAGCAGAUCCUGGAGGCUGUUCUCCAUUGCCACCAAAUGGGGGUCGUCCACAGAGACCUCAAGCCGGAGAACCUGCUUCUGGCCAGCAAAUGCAAAGGAGCAGCGGUGAAAUUGGCAGAUUUUGGCUUGGCAAUUGAGGUGCAAGGAGACCAGCAGGCCUGGUUUGGCUUUGCAGGUACCCCUGGCUACCUUUCUCCAGAAGUUCUACGCAAAGAAGCUUACGGGAAACCUGUGGAUAUCUGGGCAUGCGGUGUUAUUCUUUACAUCUUACUCGUGGGAUAUCCUCCUUUUUGGGAUGAGGAUCAGCACAAGCUGUACCAACAGAUUAAGGCUGGUGCCUACGAUUUUCCUUCUCCUGAAUGGGACACAGUCACUCCUGAAGCAAAAAACCUCAUAAAUCAAAUGUUAACCAUCAACCCUGCAAAGAGAAUCACAGCACACGAAGCUCUGAAACAUCCAUGGGUCUGCCAACGUUCAACAGUGGCUUCAAUGAUGCACAGGCAGGAGACCGUAGAGUGCUUGAAGAAGUUCAAUGCAAGAAGGAAGCUCAAGGGUGCCAUUCUUACUACUAUGUUGGCAACAAGAAACUUUUCAGUGGGCAGACAGACUACCGCUCCUGCCACCAUGUCUGCAGCAGCAGCAGCCUCCGGUGCCACCAUUGGGUUGGUGGAGCAAGCUAAAAGUUUACUGAAUAAGAAAGCGGACGGCGUGAAGCCUCAGACAAACAGCACCAAAAGCAGCGCCGGAGUUACCAGCCCAAAAGGGACCCUUCCUCCAGCUGCACUGGAGCCUCAAACCACCGUUAUCCAUAACCCAGUGGACAGCAUUAAGGAAUCAUCCGACAGCACAAACACCACCAUAGAGGAUGAAGACACGAAAGUUAAAAGCACUGAUAAUGAGCUUGUAAAAAGUCACCUGAAUUCAGGAUCUGCCCCUGAACUUCCUUCCAGCCUGCAGACAUCUGUCAUCUCAUCUGCUGCUGCUGCAAUCACGGCUGCUUCCUCCAAGCUCUCUGAUGUAUUAGGCCUGGUGAAAAAGGGAUCAGGUACUACCCCUGUGGCUGAAGACCCAACAAAUUCUUCACCCUGCAUAUUACCAGCUAUUGCAAGCCCUCUCCCUCCCCAGUCUGCUAAACAAUCUGAUGUCUUAGGCAUGGUGAAAAGGGGUCCUGGACCCCCAGAUGCUGAAGACCCAAAGCCUUCCAUUACUCUGCCUAAUCCAUCCAUGGGUAUUGCUAAUCCUCUUCCUCUUCAGUCUGCCAAACUCUGUGAUGUGUUAGGCAUGGUGAAAAGGGGCUCUGCGCCCCCCGAAAGUGAAGAGCCAAAGACCUCCAGCCCCCUUUCUGAACCACCUUCCAUUGUCAUCAAUCCUCUGUCUCCCUCGUCCUCCAAGUUGUCCGAUGUCCUAAGCAUGGUGAAAAGGGGCUCUGGAGCCCCCGAAGCUGAGGGGCCACAGCCUGCUGCCACCCAGUUUUUCCCAUUUCCACCCAUUCCUAGUCCUCUUCCUUCAGAUCCCCGCAAACAAGAAAUAAUCAAGAUAACGGAGCAGCUGAUAGAGGCUGUGAACAAUGGAGAUUUUGAGGCCUAUGCAAAAAUAUGUGAUCCGGGCCUAACUUCGUUUGAGCCUGAAGCGCUGGGCAAUCUUGUUGAAGGGAUGGACUUCCACAGAUUUUACUUUGAAAACUUGUUAUCUAAGAACAACAAGCCCAUUCACACAACCAUCCUGAACCCUCAUGUGCAUGUCAUCGGGGAAGAUGCUGCCUGCAUUGCCUACAUCCGCCUGACACAGUACAUCGAUGGGCAGGGCCGUCCCCGUACUUGCCAGUCUGAAGAGACCCGGGUCUGGCACCGCCGGGAUGGCAAGUGGCAGAAUGUCCACUUCCACUGCUCGGGAGCUCCGGUGGCCCCACUCCAGUGAAGAAUUCAUGCUGGCUGUUCUGAUUUCAUCCCGAAGGAGAUGGUGAUUUCAGCUGAGCCACUAGCCGGGAGCAGCAGUGACAAGCACGCGCCCGCAUGCUCGUGUCCCCCCCCGUUCCCUCUCCUUCCCCUCUUUCAUUUCCAGUGCCUGUGUUUGCAAAGAGAGAGAGACAGAGACAGAGAAACACAUAAG